CCCACCCUCUACACUGCUCUGGAGUGACUUGAACACAACCCCCCAUCUGUGAGAAACACGGCAAGUUCAGUUCGCAGUUUGGACCGCCUUACUACAACAGUGUGCUGCCUUCCAGGAGCCUCUGUCACACACAUCACUGAGAACGUGGACAGGCUCCUAGAACGAACAGGAGACGACCCGGUAGUAGUCGUCCACAUCGGUACAAACAACAUUGGAAGAGACAGACCAAAGUACCUGCAAAACAAAUUCAGAGAGCUAGGAAGGAAAUUAAAAGACAAGACCAAAACUGUGGUAUUUUCUGGGAUACUGCCGGCACCUUGCAAAGGACCAUAUGGACAGCUGGAAAUACAAAAUCUAAAUGCAUGGCUGAAAUCGUGGUGCACACAGGAAGGCUUUACCUUUCUUCAACAUUGGAUCACAUUCUAUAUAGGCGGGACAGACUGCACUUAAAUAAAAAGGGAACCAAUCUACUCUGAGAAAGGAUCCUUGAGAAGGUUCAGAAGUAUUUAAACUAGAAAGGAAGGGGGGGAGAAAUCAACAAAAAAGCAGAAGGGAGACUACAUCAAAACAAGGGCAACAAUUCAGGAUGGAGCGGAGGAGUGAAGACGCUCUGCGGAUGAACCUGCUGAAGAGAGGCUUGGAGCAGCAGCAGCAGCAGCAUGAGGACAGGGAGGAGGCCCUGGCCAAGAGGCUGAAGAUGGAGGGUCACGAGGCCAUGGAGCGCCUCAAGAUGCUGGCCCUGCUGAAGCGCAAGGACCUGGAAGGGCCGGGAGCCGGGCCGGAGCUGGGGCAGGGGGGCAAGACAGUGGGGGCAGGGGGCGGGUACGAGGAGAAACACAACGGCAGCCUGCGAGCCCACCCGGACCCCCGCGUGGGGGGCAAGACUGGCAAAGAGAACAUGGGGGAGGAGCCGGUGGAUAUGAGCGCACGCAGGGGCGAUGUGGACCGCGAGCGCCGAACCCCCUCCCCCGAUAUCAUCGUGCUGUCGGACAACGAGGCGUCCAGCCCGCGAUCCAACUGCUGCGUGGAGGAGCGGGUUAAAGCAGCCAGCCUGGAGAUGUUCAAGGGGAGGAGUGUGGAGGAGAGGCAGCAGAUGAUCAAGCAGCUCCAGGACGAGCUGCGGCUGGAGGAGGCUCGGUUGGUGCUGCUCAAGAAGCUGCGGCAGAGUCAGAUCCAGAAAGAGAAUGUGGUGCAGAAGGUGCCAGUGGUUCAGAAUGCCCCCUCUGCGGUCCAGCCCCCUCAGAUCCAUGCCUCCCAGCAGGGCCUAUCAAAGAUGCCGGUCCGGCCCGGAAUCCACUCUGAGCCACAGAACCUGAGGGCUGUGCAGAGUCAUUCAGUGAUCAGAUCUGCAGCCAGCUUGUCGCUCGCCCCGAUGAUGAUGUCACAGCGUGUGAUUGCCCCCAACCCCGCCCAGUUACAGGGUCAGAGGUUACCGCCCAAACCUGGCAUCGCCCGCUCCUCGAGCAGCAUGAACACUGCCGUCAACUACCAGCAGUCGAGCCAGCAGGGGGCAGCGUCACAGCGCUCGGGCUCCUCUGCCAUCUACAUGAACCUGGCUCACAUCCAGCCGGGCGCGGGGAGCUCCUCCCCCCUGCCCAGCCCCAGCGCCCCCCUGCCCGACCCCGUCAGCAGCCAAGCUGCUGCCAAGCUGGCCCUCCGCAAGCAGCUGGAAAAGACCCUCUUGGAGAUCCCCCCGCCCAAGCCCCCCACCCCCCUGCUGCACUUCCUGCCCUCCGCGGCCAACAGCGAGUUCAUCUACAUGGUGGGGCUGGAGGAGGUGGUGCAGAGUGUCAUCGACAGCCAGGGUAAGCUGCGUGGGCCCCUGUCCCGCAUGCAGCCCUUCGUGUGCGCGCAGUGCAAGACGGACUUCACACCCCACUGGAAGCAGGAGAAGAGCGGCCGCAUCCUGUGUGAGCAGUGCAUGACCUCCAACCAGAAGAAGGCCUUGAAGGCGGAGCACACCAACCGGCUGAAGAACGCCUUCGUGAAGGCACUGCAGCAGGAGCAGGAGAUUGAACAGAGACUUCAGCAGCAGGCUGCUCUCUCCCCCAGCUCGGCCCCCACUGUGCCCAGUGGCAGCAAAAGCGAUAACCUCCUCCGGCACCACGCACUGCGACAGGUGAGGCAGCUGGAGGAGCGUGGCCGAGCGCUGGAGCGUACAAUGGGAAACUAUACCCUGCACACAGGGCACUGCACUGGGGAGAGAACCGCUCCGCAGCCCCAGGCCCCUAUGCAGCGGGGGCUGUCCGGGUCGGCCCGUGGUGUGCUCUCUAACUUCGCCCAGGCGUCGCAGCUCUCCGUGGCGAGCGGGCUGCUCGGCAUGCCAGGUAAGCGAGCGCCAGCAAGCAGAGGGCAGCCCGAGGGAAGACGGCAGCUGUAUAACAUUCCAGGUGUGAACAUCGCUUACCUGAACGCAGCCGGGGUCGGGGGUCACAAAUCGUCCAGUCUCGCUGACCGCCAGCGCGAGUAUCUGCUGGACAUGAUCCCGCCGCGGUCCAUAUCGCAGACCAUCAGUGGUCAGAAAUAAAACUAACCAGAACCGACACAGUCAGAGCCCCGCCCCCUCUCCUGGCCCCUCCCCCUCGCAUGCAGUGCCUGUACUUGUGCCUACAGAAAAAAAAUAUAUAUAUUAUCAAACAGCGCAGAACUGUACAUGCAACUUUAAUAGCCCCCGUUAUUGUUAUUCUCACUGUUUUAUUUUUGGGGUGUAACGCUAUAGAGGAGAGACAUGCUUGGAUUUGCGGACUAAGGCCAGACCAGACAGUUUAAUGAGUUAAUGAGAAGCCUUCAAUUACCCCCUUACCUUGUUAUGGUGUUUGCAAUCAAUCUGAAUGCUUCUUAUUCCAAUAACUAAAAUCUUACUUUUUGAUAAGUCUCUAUUAAAUGCUUUGAGUUCAGGAGUUGCCUGCCAUAGUUGUAAUGUCUUUAUCGGUUUCUGUUGGUAAGUGCACAGCCUUGCCAGCAGUACACAAAGGAAGCUUGGAAGUGGAUGAUAAUUCAGUGCUCCUGCUUCUAAACAGAUUGCCCUUGUUAAACAUGCCUGUAACAGACAACUGGAACAGAAGAGCAGCUCCUGGACUCCUGAGCACCUUGACACGUAAAAUCAAGCACUGAGUUCAUUGCAAUAAGAACGAAGGCCAGGGGAAGGGAAAAAUGUCAUUCAAAUCUCCUCUUUAAAAUGAAGUAAUCGUGAAUCCUGAGAGAGCGAGAGAGAUACAAGCAUUAAAAGUCCUUUUCAAUUAAUGAGCUCUAAAGCACUCCCCCGCAGCUCUCCAGCGCUGCUUCCCUCUAGAGCUCUAAUGCACUCCCCCGCAGCUCUCCAGCGCUGCUUCCCUCUAGAGCUCUAAAGCACUCUCCCUCAGCUCUCCAGCGCUGCUUCCCUCUAGAGCUCUAAAGCACUCCCCCGCAGCUCUCCAGCGCUGCUUCCCUCUAGAGCUCUAAAGCACUCCCCCGCAGCUCUCCAGCGCUGCUUCCCUCUAGAGCUCUAAAGCACUCUCCCUCAGCUCUCCAGCGCUGUUUCCCUGUAGAGCUCUAAAGCACUCUCCCUCAGCUCUCCAGCGCUGCUUCCCUCUAGAGCUCUAAAGCACUCUCCCUCAGCUCUCCAGCGCUGCUUCCCUGAAGAGCUCUAAAGCACUCCCCCUCAGCUCUCCAGUGCUGCUUCCCUGAAGAGCUCUAAAGCACUCCCCCUCAGCUCUCCAGCGCUGCUUCCCUGAAGAGCUCUAAAGCACUCUCCCUCAGCUCUCCAGCGCUGCUUCCCUCUAGAGCUCUAAAGCAGUCCCCCUCAGCUCUCCAGCGCUGCUUCCCUGAAGAGCUCUAAAGCACUCCCCCUCAGCUCUCCAGCGCUGCUUCCCUGAAGAGCUCUAAAGCACUCUCCCUCAGCUCUCCAGCGCUGCUUCCCUCUAGAGCUCUAAAGCAGUCCCCCUCAGCUCUCCAGCGCUGCUUCCCUGAAGAGCUCUAAAGCACUCCCCCUCAGCUCUCCAGCGCUGCUUCCCUGAAGAGCUCUAAAGCAGUCCCCCUCAGCUCUCCAGCGCUGCUUCCCUCUAGAGCUCUAAAGCAGUCCCUCUCAGCUCUCCAGCGCUGCUUCCCUGAAGAGCUCUAAAGCACUCCCCCUCAGUUCUCCAGCGCUGCGUCCCUGAAGAGCUCUAAAGCACUCUCCUUCAGUUCUCCAGCGCUGUUUCCUCACAGUCUGAUCUGGCCUCAGUGUGCACAUGGCUCUUCUUGUUCCUCUUUGUUUUGUCGCUGCUGUUGUGUCGAAUGUCUCUGCUGGGAUCAGCACUCUAUCUGAGAGGUAAGUGCUCAUCCGGAGACAAUAAAUAUAUAUAUAUAUAUAUAUAUAAAUACUGUGCUAAGGCUUUGCCUGUGAACAGCAAUGUCUUUGUAUUCCUUUUUAUAGUAGCACUUUGGAGAUAAUAAAAAAGGUUUAUGUUAAGCUCUGUAUCGAGAAAUAUGUAUAUAUAUAUAUAAUGUGUAUAUAUAUAUAUAUAUAUAUAUAUAUAUAUAUAUAUAUAUAUAUAUAUAUAUAUAUAUAUAUAUAUAUAUAUAUAUAUAUAUAAUAUUGGAGGGAAUUUGUAAGGUUCACUAAGGACUGAAGCUAGGCUAGUGCUGUUUUUUUGUACGAGCUACAAAUUACAAAUAAACAAAAGUCUGUGUGUGUGUAGGAGAGUGUGCAUGCAUAUACACACAGUAUGGCAAUGUGGAGUCUUGUAUGGGCACAAAGUUGCACAAUACCCCUGCAGAAUCAAUGGCACACAACUGCUUUCAUUGCAUUGUAUCUGUGGACUGAAAGCUCAUAAAUUACUGUCUAAAGUUAAAUAAAUAAAUACAAAAAUUGUGCAUUUGAGAAGGGGUUAAACUUGGAGAAAUUGAUAGUUACCCGGAAUGCAAGCUUAGUUGUGACAUAAACUAAAAACUCAAUCUCAGUUGAGCUGAAUCCAGUGUAUUCACUCUAAUGAAGUGGUCAGGUAGCAGACUGCCCUUUGACUUGUGGAAAUGGAUCUCACUAGGUUUUACAGCCCCUGAUAAGCACUGGUAUUGGGCUACUUUACCUAACAUGGUGCUAAUACAGUAACUGACCAAGAUCCAUUGCAUUGUAUGUGUUCAAGUCAAAGUGUGUGCCUCACCUACACACACACAAACAUAGACACAGAGUAUGUAGUUUUGCUUUAGUGGAUGAGGAAAAAAUGUACAAGAAGUGGAUGUCUACAGUUAUUUAUUUAAGCAAUUUUUUUUGCAAAACUCCAAAAAUGCUAAUUCAAAAGUAUUCAUACCCUGACAAGGAAAAUUAAAUAAAUAUCUACUUGAGGCACCUUUAGCAAUAAUAAUAACUUCUUUUAAACAUUAGGAUAUUUGACAAUGAGCUUUUGGCAUGAUUUUUAUUUAUUUUUUAAUUUUUGUAAACCAUUCUUCAACGCAAAAUUGCUCCAGUUCAUUCAAAUUCCGCGGACUUGUCUUGUGCACAGCCUUCUUCAACUCAUACCAAAGAUUCACAAUCGGAUUUACAACGGGACCUUGACUAGGCCAUUCCAGAACUUUGAUUUUAUUCUGAAGUAGAUUUGGAUGUGUGCUUUGGAUCGUUGUUGUGUUGGAACGUCCAGUUGCGCUUCAAACCAAGUUUUGUAGCGGAGGGUUUCGGAUGAAUGGCCAGUAUAUUUUGGUAUGCUGUGGAAUCCAUUUUACCAUGUAUUGGAAAUAAAUUUCCUGUGCCGUUUAGAGGAACAUAGCGACUAUCAGCAUGACCAAAUAGCUCAAGUUUUGCUUUAUCACUCCACAAAACCUUUGACCAGAACUCCCAUCCAUCAUUCAAAUGCCGUUUUGCAAACUUUAAGCGAUUUGUCCUUGUGAUGUUUUCCUAAGAGUGGCUUUUUCUUUGACCUGUGACCAUUGAGACCUUCACUAUGCAAUACUCAACCUAUGGUUGAAAUGGAAACCCCAGUUCCACUUGCAGCCAGUUCACUUUGAAUAUCUUUGGCAGUCAAUCUCAGAUUGUUAUUAACCUUCCUCACAAUUCUCCUACUUGUUCUUGGUGAAAUAACCUUCUUUCUUCCAGACCGAGGGAGCGUUGUGACAGUAACACUAGUCUUGUACUUCUGAAGUAAUAGAAGCAAUAGUUGAAACCAAAUGGUUGGAAAUCUUCUUGUAUCCUUCUCCAGCUUUAUGACAAUAAAUAAUGUUCUGCCUAAGGUCUUCAGAUGGUUCUUUACUUUUUCCCAUAUUGACUUAUUGGUAGUGACAGCAAUCAUGCUAUGCCUAACCCAUUUAUACUCUCUAAGAAUGUUCAACUACAAUCCAGCAUUUUCUAGACUUUUUCUAGAAUUAGGUUCUGCAUUAUCAUAUUGAAAUUUCUAGCAUCUUGUAGACAAUAGUAUCAUAGCAUCAAAGGCCAUGAAUACUUUUGAAUUAGCAUUUUUGGAGUUGUGCAAAAUAAUUGCUGAAAUAAAUAACUGUAGACAUCUAGUACUUGUAACUUAUUUUCUCCAUCCACAAAACUACAACUUUUGCUACAAAAGGUUUUUUCUAAAAUUCUUUGAGAAAUGUCUAGAAAUUAUGAAUUUCCUUUGGGAUAUGUAAACUUUUGUGUGUGUGUAUAUAUAUAUAUAUAUAUAUAUAUAUAUAUAUAUAUAUAUAUAUAUAUAUAAUAUAAUCGAUGGGCUUCAGUGAGUUACAGGAAAAUAAUUUCAUCUAGGGUUUCUGUGACAUCAUAAAUUACGAGACCGAAGAUAAACUGUCACAGAAACCCGAGAUGGAAUUGUUUUCCUGUAACUCACUGAAGAGGCCCAGCUAUUAUUUUUUAUAAUACAUGGAUACCCUUGUGAUGCUAAUAUUAAAGAAGACGAGUUCAGUAGUACAGUUCUUUUUUUUUUUUUAAACAGUGUUUCAGUGCUGUACAGACGUUCAAUGUCUUUAUUCGUUUCUCUGAGAUACGAAUGUACCAGCUUUUUUUUUUUUUUUUUUUUAACGUAUUCUCAUUUUGUUGAUCAUUAAUGAACAUUUCUGUACUGUGGGUGUUGUCGAGUGAUUAAAAACGAGACAUUUUGUGUUUGAAUUGAAAGUGAUGGUCUCGGAGUAGAAUGGGUCAAAGUUCAAGUAUUUUCCUACUUUUUGACAUCACUACUGUGGUAUUAUGCCUUUUUUUUUUGGAGUGGCUCAGGAUGCAAAUAUAGCCUUCAUCCAUGUAUUAUAUAUAUAUAUAACACACACAUUCUACUAUAAAAGGUCGUAGAUAUGAGUGUCAGUUUGCACAAUUGGGUGCCAAACGUCAGGUGCAGUGCCCCCUGGCAGUGGGAGUGAGCGAGGUGUGCAUCUCCAGUGUAAAGCAGCUUGGAGGGCUGCAUCUUCAAAGGAUGCUGCAGUUUUCCAAUUGUUCUUUCCUGCUAUUGCUUGUGACACAAAAACACAAAUCCAUGCCAUGCUGUAGUCCUGCACUUCUUGGAGAAAAGGGUUCUGCACUAAAACGAGUGCGGACCAGUGCUGGACUAACAAUCCUGUCUGAAAGUUAUAUUGCAGAUAAUAAUGAAAUACACAAGACUGGGUCACUGCCCUGGCGCAUCCUGCCCAGCGUUCAAAUCAGACAGCCAUGCAAAAGCACUGCUGUUAUUACCUUUACAGAUACACAGGUUUGCAGACACUUGCUCACUGGUGCUUUCAUUACAUGCAGUCUAUUUUUAAAGUAAAAUGGUUUAACUACAGACUUAGGAAUGCUGAAAGAAACGCAGUACAUCAAAUGGCAAACGUUUCUCAGUGUUGGUCAUUGAAUGUAUGAAAUUUCUUUUAGUUUUUCUAAAUUCAGUACUAUUGAAGGUUUAAUACUUAUGGAAGAUUAACUAGAGUUUUAAAAUAUACAGCACAAGGGUAAGAAAUAUAAAUAUAUUAAAUAAUGAAAUUAAAAGAUUGUUGGAGGAAUACUAAGAGAUAAACAUCUGCGGUGAUAUUUUGGAUUAAUUGAUAAUGCUAAGUCAUGUAACACAAAAAUCAAAUCAGAGGAAACUAAAAGAAUUUGUCAGUAUGAAGUUUCUAAAGCUGAGGGAACAUGAAGUAACUUCUUCAGGAACAGUGGCUUGAAACCUGGUUCCAGGAGACCGGGAGACCUAGUUUGAGGUUGCUGUAUCAAACCCCAAGUCUCCCUGCGUGUGCCGUGCAGCGGCCUGAUAAGGGACAAAGUGGCUUUGUGUUCCCUCAACUUAACAUAAUAAUAAUAAUAAUAAUAAUAAUAAUAAUAAUAAUAAUUCAAUCCGAAUAUGCAAUGGCCUGAAACACUCUGCAGCAUUUUUGUGCUUUAAAACCCUGAAUGAAAUCAAAAUGUAGUGCUUGCUACAACGUCACCAUCUGAAAACACACCAGUUGUUAGAAAGCUGUUUUAUUUGCAGUGUAACCCCGCCCUCUGCCUGCAGGGGGCAGUGAGGCUGCUCUUAAAUUGCAGACGCACUAUAAGUAAACAAUAAAACACAAGGUGGCGUCACACCCAGGUGCAUUGUGGAAAGAGGGUGUUUCCGCACCCUGUCAUCACUGCACUUAUAAAAUGGCUCAAUGCUGUGUUGGAAUGCUUAUCUUCCUGAUUGGAAUGAAAUGAGAUCUGAACCACUGUACCCCUCCCAGGCAUUCUAGAAAAAUCCUCAGUUAUUGCCUCUGCAGAUUCCCUUUCAGCAUGUAGAGAGGUCCUCUGGCAUUCAUCACAAGUACAGGCUGCAUGCAGGCUGCAGAAUCUCCAUGAAAACCUUGAAGGGUAGUGUUUCAGAGUCAUUAUCUACAGGGGAUGGAUGUAGCAGUGCUGUAGUUUUGAUUUGAUCUGGGUUUAAACUAAAUGAGCUUUUAUAUGGCACCUCCUUUCUGUUGUAAAUAGUUUUGCUUCUUUGUGUUAUUUAUGUAGUUUUUGUUUGUAGUUAGUUUUUUUUAAUGUUCACAGUGCUUGGUGAUGUGGGUGUGCUGAAUGGGAGGGGGCUGAUUGGUGGUGAGAAAGUCCUGUUUCAGUGCUUUACUGGGAUGUACAAAGCAAUCUAAUAUUACGCCCCUUUUAAAAUGUUCUUUCGUUAUGUCAGUUAUCCUAUUGGAAUUUGACAAGGCUGGUGAUCAGUCAGUUUAAAACAUUAAAACAGGAACAUGGAUUACACAUCGACUUUAAGAACUGCAUUUCCUUUGAGGUAUAACCGUCAAGAUGCAGCCUGCAGAUAGUAGCAAUGUAAAAUUAUCUAUCUAUAUAUAUAUAUAUAUAUAUAAUCCCAUUGAAAUGAAAUGUUUUAAAAAGGGACAUAUAUCAAACUGUGAUCCUGUAAUUUUCACACCAUCAAGAAAGACCCUUCCAGCAGACACUGUACAGAGGAUGCAUUUGAAAGCAACACUCUAUACUGUUUAAAUAUAUACUGUAUCUGAAUAUGCCUGUAUUAGGGGUUCAGAGUUUAGAGCUGUACCUGCUAGCCACUCUGUGGGUCUAAGAGCAGGCUGUCAGUUCAUCUGGUACGGAGUACUGCAGGGACAUCGGCCCUUUGAAUCUGUUGUAAAGAGAAUGCUAUUUCUCUGCAGUAUGACCUCAGGGUUUGGGGUAACAUUGGCUGAUUUGAACGGUUGGGGUUUAUAGAAGCUCCAGGAAGCCUGGGUGUAGUGGGAGCGUUUGUCCCCGGACUAAUGUGCCAAAGUGGAUUUAGAAAUACUAAAAGAAACCGAAUCAAUUCAAUGACAAGCGUUUCCACAAAGUCUAUUUCGGCGUCUUCUAUUUGGACAAAAACUUGAUCAAAAGCAAACCCCUCUGGUUGACCAUAUCGCCUGUCCUCCAGCCACGCUGCUCCGUGUGGAACAGAAAAGAAAAGCACGAGCCGGGAUGGGAAACUGACUCCGCCCUCAUCUUAUCCAGGCCUGCUUGAACAAUAUGAGGGAGUCUUGUAGCCAUUGCACAGAGCCUCGCUGUGAAUUAAAUUCUAGUGCCUCAGUAACCACACUCAUUUCACUGGUUAGUCCCAGAGCAGCCCAAGCUUGCUAUUAGCUGUUUUAUUAUCAUGUUAGAAUUUCUACAGCAGUAGCAACCGGGCACAAAACAAUGACUGAUCCUUAACUUUAACUGGGUCGUAUUGGUGAAAACUCCUAUUAAAACAAUCAGUAAUACUAAGGUGCUAGGAGUGAAAUCUCAGCAGCAGGUAUAACAAACCCUGUUUUUAUUCAUCCAGAGAUUGCAAUAUAAGACUGGGUGAGAUGUGAAGUGGUGAUGGUUUGAGAUUCUGAUACAGUUUACCCCAAUUCUUGAUUUUUUUAAAAAAAUUGUUUUUCAGUUUUGUCUUCAAUGACUUGGGAUUAUAGCUUACAUAAGACCUUCUCUUUGAAUUGCAGUCGCCUGAUGUGGCAGCAAAAUAUAAAUACUUAAGUUUAAAAAAGAAAAAAAAAGUUUUCUAAACAAAUAUUUUAAAACAUUAAGAUGUCGUCACAUUUCUGGAGGGGGGAGUAUGUAGUUCUUUAUGGUUUGUUUUUUGUAAAACAGAAAACAAACCAAAAAGAAUAUAUGUAUAUAAAUAACAAAAAAAACAAACAAUACACACACACACACAAUAUUGCUGCCUGUAAGUAAUGACAACAACUUAUUGUAUAUAAGCUUUUUUCUUUUAAUUGAAAAAAUGGUUGUAUAUUGUGUGGGGGGGGGAAAAAGCCAUGAAUAUUGUGAAGCUUGUGUCAUUUCGUUUUUGUGACCACUUGUGUAUUAUUGUGUAACAAAUGUGCAAAACGGAUGGGUUUAUUUCAUUUGAGGUUUUUCUCUAUUUAGCUAUUUUUAUGCCUAAUCUUUAUUGUGUAUUCCCAUUUUCCAUUUGAUUAGAAUUUUUUGUAGUUAGGGCUUUUAAAAUCUCCACUGUUUCACACCUGUGCUGGUCUCUGUUACUGCAAACAGCGCCCAUGUGUUUAGGAGGUCCAGACAGCUCGUUCUGAAAGUGAGAAACUAUACUGAUCUUAAACAGGCACUUCCCCUUUCCCAUUCCUCCUCACAAAUAAACUAACUGAAAUGUUAAGCUGCAUUUUGCAUGAGCAUUUCAUUUUGUUACUUUAAAUCUACGGCAGCAAAAGCCAGUGAGUUGAACAUUUUAAAAAUGUUUGUAGAAUCUCGCUUACUUUCCUGUCCAUUUCAGACUGUGCAGUUUAACUGGUUAAGAGACCACAGUUCUGAAUAGAAUCCCUUCAACCCUGGUCUGGUAAGAUCAACAAGCACAUUUUCAACCCACUCCACUAACACUUUUUUACUUCUGAUAAUGAUGAAGAUAAGAAGGUACAAUCAUAUUAAUAGAUGGAGUUUGUACAGUUGUCCAGUAUGUAUUGCGGUGUCCGGUUUCAUGCUUUGUUUUUGAUGAAUCUACUGCCCACAUAGUGAUCUAGUUAGCGUCUCAAAUGGGAAAUUUAAAUAAUUAAUUUGUCUUUUUGCUUUGCUUCUUUAUUUGACAGUUUAUAAACAUUUUUAAAUGCUGCAGUUUGACUUUGGUGCAGUAGGGGACGCCCUUUGUCCCAAAAAAGUGUACAAUAGGGCCCUCUUUUGGCCUGAGACUGACACACACAACUUUAUAGUUGCCUGUUACAUCUUUCCAUUUUAAUGCGGGGGCUAAUAAUAAUGAUGACAAUGACAAUGAAAAGGGUUUCCUGGAUUUCUUGCAGCUGAGUUUCAGGUCUUUUUUAUGUGAAUCCAAGCCUUUUGCACAUCCUUGAUAUUUAACAAUGUCUUUAAAAACAAACAAAAAAAUACUAUAAAUGCUGUUUAAAUACUGCCAGUUGAUAAUUAUGCAUUGACUGAAAAAAUAAGCUAAUUUUGGAGGAAAUAACUUUGUAAUAUUUAUCUCUUGCAAGCGAAGUUUAAUAAAGGAUGGAACCAUUUAUAA